AUGGUUCGCCGCUCUGUUCGCCUUGCGAAACCCGAAGACCGAUCCCAGGCCCAAGUUUUCCAUGAUCUAGAUACCGCCGCGGUCAGCGCCAAAAGCCAGAAACUCGAAGAAGCCGCGCAUGCGCGAAAGAGGCAGCGACUGGAGUAUGGCGAGUCCACCUCUUCGGCGGAUACCAUGAUCAGGGAAGCUAUGGCUGGGUCAGAUGAGCUUCGAGACGGCCAUAAACCCGCCCUCUAUCGGGGCAGUCAGCUCAACGCACAACUCUCGGCGGAUGAUCCACGCAGUGAGAUUGUCAAACGAAACAGCUUGCGAUCACCUCUGCUAUCUCUUCCAGCAGAGAUUCGUUGCGUGAUCUUCGAAUACGCUCUUGGCCACCAGCAUGUACACAUCCUCACUGACGACUACGACCCGGACGUUUCUGUUGAUCUCCCCGGACCAGCUCGUUUCGGCGCAGAGCUACGUCCUACCAACCAGACGGUGUCUAGUGCGCGAGCGCGACAGUUCCAUAACUGUGUGUUCCCAAUCGACUGGCAGUCUUAUUAUCGUUUCCGGCAGUACCAAUCGCGCCCAUACACUGGAGGCCCUCCUUGGAUCAUGAGAGACGAGGCCGAACGGGUUAUCACCGCGACCAAGGAUUGCAUGACUCUACUACAGGUUGUUUGUCGCCAAAUUUAUCACGAGACUCGCUUUAUCCCGUAUGAGUUGAACGAGUUCUCUUUCCAGGACGAGAUGACAAUGAAGGAUUGGUUCCGCGAGCGAGCGGCUGCCCAGAAACGGGCUAUUAAUACGAUGUGGUUCGAUCACGAAUGGGAGCGCAGUCACACGGUCGUGCCUGUAAGUGGAUCUCAUCACAGAGGCGCCCGUGCCUACAUUGGAAGAAGUCAUGGUAUUCAGAAGGUCUAUGUCUCUGUGGGGGCAGUCCAGCAUAGAUGGGUCACAGAACGUGCUGAGUAUAGAGACUAUUGUCUGGGCGUUGUCAAAGGAAGGGUUUAUUCCCUACUGAGUAGGAAAGAAGGCGAAACUGAGGUGGAGAUAGUCAAGUAA